AUGUUAUUUAUACUGAAAAGUUUUGCUGGGUAAAAAACACAUAUAAUAUUCCCAUGGACCAACAUAUUCCUGAAACCGACGAUUUAAAUUUUAAACCUCAACUUCGCUAUUAUCAAUGGAUGCCUUUCAUUCUGCUUGGAUUGGCUCUUUUCUAUCAAAUCCCAUGCCUAUUUUGGAGAGCAAAUAAUGAGAAAAGCGGACUUAACCUUAACAGCAUGAUCAGAGCGGCAAACAAGUAUAUCGACGCAGGUAACACUGAGGACAAAGAGGAGAUCAUUAAAUUAAUGACGGAGUAUUUUAACCGAUAUUUUGACAUGAGAAGGCGGUGGGAUAAAUCAAACAAGCUAGAUAUUAUAAAAGAAAUUAUGGCAAUUAUAUUUUGUGGCGGUAAAAAAUAUGACCGUUACCUCUGUCGGUUGUAUAUUUUUACAAAAAUUAUGUACUUUGUCAACACAGUUGUUCAGUGCGUUCUUACAGACAUGCUGCUAUCGAGUGGGGAAAUUAGUUUCUAUGGAAUUCAAUUACUCCACAAAUUUAAUUCUGGGAAACCAAAUGCUGAUUCUUACUAUUUUCCAAGAGUCACUUAUUGUGAUUUGCGUGUACGGGAAGUUGGAUAUGAAAUCAAAGGACAUCGUUACACAGUGCAAUGUGUGCUUCCUAUAAAUUUAUUCUCUGAGGCUAUUUUUUGCUUCUACUGGUUCUGGCUGGUCAUGAUAGUCUGCUUCAACGCUUACAGUCUUGUCAAGUGGUGUUGGUACUUGGUGUCUACAAAUAGCAGUGUUCAAUACAUAAGAAAACACAUUCGAGAUGAUCUUUUUGAUGAAGGAGAUUUAUAUUCUAUUCUCAGAGAAUUUGUGGAAAAUGUUUUAAUGAAAGAUGGGGUUUUUGCUUUGAAAAUGAUUUCUAAUAAUUCCACCGAUCUAUGUGUGACUGACUUAGUCAGUGGUCUUUACAAGAACUAUAAGAUUCGCAGGGUUGGUCCUGAACAGGUUCCUGAUGAGGUUCCUGAUGAGGUUCCUUUUGAAGACGAUAUCCUUUAA